UGGUUGCGACAAAACAUAACUUGCGUUAUAAUUCAGGGAACUUCUUACGCUCAAUUGUUCCGUAAGUGUGUUAGACGCCAAGACGGGCUAAGUUUAAAACAUUGCGUAAGAGUUUAGUGGUAGGAUCAGCACUGGCAUUGCAAUUUGAGAAAAACAUAUACCGAAGUGUAAAUUACGAAGAUGAAAAUACAAUACUCGACUGUUCACUGUUCGUUUGUCACCACUGUGGACUCUGACGUGCAUUGAUAUUGCUUGUAUUUACUAGUUUCGUGAAUAUAUUGGACGUUUACCCUCAGAGUUGGCUACGAAUUCCAACCACCAGCAAUAGGCCAGACAGGCUGGUCCAAUGUAGCUUCUCCGUCGUGGGAACGCUCCUCUGUGCAGAACCCUGUCCCAUUGCCCCCUCACCCCUAACCCCUGAACUUUGACCUUAUGAUUUGCUGUGAGGCCAUGGCUGCUGUGAACAUCACCAGUAACAUCCUGCAGCGGCAGCUCCGGGAUAAGGGUGCGCUGGGCUUCCAAAGGCACUAUCAUGUGACUGACUCCUUCAUCAAGAGGCUGGGUUUGGAGGCGGAGCUACAGGGUCACUCUGGAUGUGUUAACUGCCUGGAAUGGAACGAGAAGGGCGACCUGUUGGCCUCGGGCUCUGACGAUCAGCACGCCAUCGUGUGGGACCCCUUCCGCCACAGGAAGCUCAUCACCAUGCACACCGGACACGCCGCCAACAUCUUCUCCGUCAAGUUCCUGCCUCACUCUGGAGACCGUAUCCUAGUAACAGGCGCAGCAGACACUAAGGUGCAUGUGCAUGACCUGACGGUGAAGGAGACGAUCCACAUGUUCUCAGAUCACACCAACCGCGUGAAGCGCAUCGCCACGGCGCCCAUGUGGCCCCACACCUUCUGGAGCGCUGCUGAAGACGGGAUCAUCAGACAGUACGACCUGCGGGAGAGCAGCCGGCGCUCAGAGGUACUGAUUGACCUGACGGAAUACUGCGGUCAGCUGGUGGAGGCCAAGUGCCUGGCGGUGAAUCCCCGCGACAACAACUACCUGGCCGUGGGAGCGAACGGGCCCUUCGUCCGACUGUACGACAUACGCAUGAUCCACAACCACAGGAAGUCUAUGAGUCAGAAUGUGGCUGCUGGUGUGCACACGUUCUGUGACAGACAGAAGCCCAUCCCAGAGGGGGCGGGGCAGUACUAUGUAGCAGGGCACUUGCCGGUGAAGCUGCCGGACUAUAAUAACCGCCUGCGUGUGCUGGUGGCCACGUACGUCACCUUCAGCCCUGACGGCACGGAGCUACUCGUCAACAUGGGCGGGGAACAGGUGUACCUGUUUGACCUCACCUUUAAGCAGAGGCCCUACACCUUCCUGCUCGCCCGGAAGUGCCCCUCGACCGGAGCCGGUGCAGAAUGGAAAACCUCCAACGGCCUCCACCUGCCCGCCAGCCACCUGCGCCUGUCUGAGGGCAAAAUCUGCAGUGGGUUGGGGGAGCUGUCCCCUCAGUUGGAGCGGGUGAAACAGCAGGCUAACGAUGCGUUUGGGAGGCAGCAGUGGACUCAGGCCAUCCAGCUGUACAGCAGAGCGCUCCAACAAGGCCCAGCACUGCGCCAUGCUGUACGGCAACGCGCCGCCGCGUACAUGAGACGCAAGUGGGAUGGCGAUCACUAUGACGCCCUGCGGGACUGUCUGAAGGCCAUCUCGCUGAACCCCGGCCAUCUGAAGGCGCACUUCCGCCUGGCGCGCUGCCUGUUCGAGCUCAAGCACGUGGCCGAGGCGCUGGAGUGCCUGGACGACUUCCGCGGGAAGUUCCCCGAGCAGGCACACUCCAACGCCUGCGACGCCCUCGACAAGGACAUCAAAGCUGCCCUGUUCUCCAAGACCGACGCCUCAGCCGAAGAGAAGAAGAGCAGCAGUUCUCUGCGGUUUCACUCGUUCAGCAGGAAGGAGUCGAUCCCGGAGGACGAGAUCGUUCUGAGAGAGAGCAGCUUCGACUACAAACACCGAUACUGCGGCCACUGCAACACCACUACUGACAUCAAAGAGGCCAACUUCUUCGGCAGUAAAGGGCAGUACAUCGUCAGCGGUUCUGACGACGGGUCGUUCUUCAUCUGGGAGAAAGAGACCACCAACCUGGUCCGCAUCCUGCAGGGCGAUGAGUCCAUCGUCAACUGCCUGCAGCCGCACCCUAGCUACUGUUUCCUAGCAACCAGCGGCAUCGACCCCGUGGUGCGGCUUUGGAACCCCAGGCCUGAGACGGAGGCGGAGAAUGGCCGGGUGGUGGAGGACAUGGAGGGCGCGGCGCUGGCCAAUCAGAAGCGCAUGAACGCAGACCCCCUGGAGGUGAUGCUGCUGAACAUGGGGUACCGCAUCACCGGCCUCAGCAGCGGGGGCCCCGAGGCCUCGGACGACGAGGACAGCUCCGAGGGCCAGGUGCAGUGCCGGCCCAGCUAGAGGCCUGCUCUACAUCCACGUCCUGUUCCUGUUCCGCUGGAGCACCACU